AUGGAACUGUUGUUAAAAUGGGGUCUAGGCAAUGUUUCAAGUAGUGGUUCAAAUGGUUGUCCAAGCAAUAUUUCAAAUAGUGGUUCAAAUGGUUGUCCAAGCAAUAUUUCAAGUAGUGGUUCAAUUGGUCAAAUAUUUAUUCAAGUGGGUUCAAGCAGUUGUAUAAAUAUUGAAUCAAAUGUGGUUGGUUCAAACAGCGGCUGUAAUUUUGUUUCAAGUAUUGUUUCAAAUAGUGAUUUAGGUAGAGAAUUAAAUGCAGUUUCAAGUGGUGCCACAUCUAAUAAUGAUUCAUGUGGUACUUCAAGUGUUAAAUAUAGAAUUGUAGGCGUCCAAACAAUUUAA